AUGAGUUUUAAGGAAUGGAUGCUUGAAAGAGCACAACACCUCAAACCUGAAACCUUCGAGAAGCUCAUGAUGAUUAUUUGGGCUUUAUGGAAAAACCGUAACAAUGUGCUAUGGGAAGGAAAGGCUCAAUCUGUUCCUGAUUUGGUUUUGAGUUGUUUUACAUGGCUCACUGAGUUCCAGAAAUCCAGAGGAACGGGUACAUCCACUCAAAGGUCGGUCCGGCCAAAGUGGAAACCACCAACGCAGGGUUUCAAAUUGAAUGUUGACGCAGCCUUCCUACCUAAUCAGCAUCAGGGUGGAAUUGGGGGAGUAUUGAGGGACUCGACAGGUCAGUUCAAAGCUGCUUUCUUUCAGCAUGUUGACCAUGCAGCUUCACCAAAGCAGUGUGAGCUGCUAGCCAUUAGGGCGAGUUUGGAUUUGCUAUCCUCCUUAGAUAUACAAAAUGUGUGUAUUGAAAGUGACUGCAUGGAAGCUGUAUAUGAAGCAAACUGCACGAACUACGCUCUAUUAGCUAAUGGAGGUCUAGUGGAUGAUAUUCAGGCAAUGUGGAGUAGGCUGCAAGGGGUGACCAUAUGUCAUACUCCGAGAACCUGUAAUGCGGUGGCUCACCGCCUAGCAGCUUUAGGUUUUGAGGCUACUAUAGGAGAAGUCUGGUUCGAUUAUGCUCCUCCUUGUAUUAUCGAUGUACUACAGCACGAUUGUGCCCAACUCCUUUGA